UACUGUAUAUUAUGAGAGCACCUCUGCGGAAGGCAUUCCGCACAGACACACUUUUGCCACCACCUCUCAGCGUUCGUGCUUUUAAAGACCAGGCCGCCCAACACUGGGGGAGCAAGGCAGGUUUCAUGUCCCCAAGUUCAGGGCUUUGUUGCCCCACAGGAAUAAAUUUCCUGUUCAUUUACUGAGGAGAGUGAAAUAGGAAUGUGCAGAGACACCACUGAUUUCCGUUGGUGACGCUACCGUGUGACCAUCUUUUGGAAGCUGGAUUUUAUUUCUCGUUUCAUAUGGCGCUUCUGUAGAGGAAAAUGCCAUUCGCAGACAUAACACUUGAUGUUUCAGUAUCCUCUUUCCUCACGUUAUCCAUUUUUAUCACUUGUCGGGGGAGAAACAAAGCCGCUUCUAUUAUUUCUUCCACUGCUUGAUUUCUCUUUCACCACUGAACUAUCCCAGCAAUUUCAGGAGGCUGGAAUGCCCCGGGAGAGUAAGAAUAGCCGACAAUGGCAGAGAUAAUUCCUGUUGCCUUUUGUCUUCUUGCAGUUGUCGGGGCAGAGGUAAGAGCAAUCAAUAGGACUGUGAAGUUGUGGUAUUUAGCUGGGUCUCCUAAGGAAGGCUCGUUUCUCUCUGCAGAGGAUUUUGUUACUCCUGUUCCUGGCCAGCUCUCGAAUGUUUUUUGCCCUCUCUGUUUAGAUCGCCGUGGUUUUUGAAAAUGCUCAAUUUUUUCGUAUUCCUUCAGUAAGUGGGGGAUCCCUGCAACUGAGUUCAGACAUGGAAUGUUGGGAUUCAGUCGGCUUUUUAAUCAUUGCUGUAAGCUACAAUGUGACGAUUAUUGGGAAGAUUUGGUUAACUCUUGUGAUCCUGCUGCGAUUUAUGGUGAUAUUCUUAGCAGCCUACCCUCUCUACCAAGACGAGCAGGAACGCUUUGUCUGCAACACUUUACAGCCAGGGUGCUCCAAUGUGUGUUAUGACAUUUUUGCUCCCGUGUCCCACUUUCGCUUCUGGCUCAUUCAGACUGUGUCCGUCUUGCUCCCUUACGCCAUCUUUGGCGUCUACGUAUUGCACAAAGUGUGCAGGCAGGUUGUGAAGGCACAUUCCGCAGCCUACCGUCGCUACAAAGAGAUCAAACCUUCGGCGGGCGGCAAAGUGGCAAAGAAAUCGUCCAAAGGGAAAAGGAGCAGAGUCACCCAUACAGGAAAUGAAAUGGCUGUUCCUGAUUUUUCCAGGGCGUAUGCAGUUCACCUUCUUCUGAGAAUAGUGACAGAGGCCAGUUUUGGAGUGGGGCACUAUUACCUCUUUGGAUUCUUUGUCCCAAGACGUUUCUCCUGCAACCAAGCCCCUUGUUCAAGUUACGUGGACUGCUACAUCUCCAGGCCCACAGAAAAAUCCAUCAUGAUGCUUUUCAUCUGGGGGCUCAGCAGCCUCUCAUUCUUCCUCAGCCUUGUUGACCUGGGCUUUGCCUUCCGAACCAAUGCUGUGAGGAGUCGGAGAAGGAAGCUGCUGUCAGAAAGUUUCACGGCCGGAGAAAAAUGCAGUCCUGGCCUGCUGCACCAAGGGGACAAGCUAAGCAACGAUUUGCUGGGGGGCCAAGGCAACACAGCCGUCAUUGACAACUGCAGCAACUGUUUGCUUGGCCGAGAGGUGAAGGAAGUGUGCUCCUUUCAAGCUGUGUUCAAUCCUCAGCAAAAAAAUGGCCCUAACCUCAACAGCAGCAACAGUAGCAACAAAUCGUGUGUUGGAUCUGCCCACCAAGAGGGAAAAGGGGUGUCUUUCCAUGACAGUGAGCAGCCAGAGAUCUCCUGUGAGCAAUUGAGAUUUGAGCAGCCGCCAGGCGUACUCAAAGGAGCGUUGGUUUUUAAAACCCUGGACGGGUGCCGUUAUGGAGCCCAUUCGCCUGCAAGUAGCCACAAGCCCUCGGUUCAUUAUUCUUCCCUUGAGAGAAAGGCUUCGGAUGUCCAAUCUGUCUGCAGCAGUGCUGGCUGCUCCAGAUCCAAAAAAUCCGAAUGGGUGUAAAAUGUCAGAAUAGAAUGGCAGAAAAGCUACUACCAAAUACUGCCAAUCUAAAGAACAGUGUAGGAAUAGUCUCCUUGGUUGAAUUGCCGUUCUGUGCAUGCAUCUAGAUGGUUUGUUUUCUUUUACUAGGGAGACUCGCUAAUGAAGUGUACAUGCAUGCUACAUCUGGAGGUGCUUAUUUAUACAUUUUGGCCACAAGCACAGAGUAGCUAAAGCAAAAGGGGAAAUAACUAAAUCUUCCCACAUGUUUGCAAUUGGAUGGGUGGGGGCAGCAAGGCUCUGGUUGCUGGAUGUGGCCCCUCCAUCAACUGGCUACCCACUCUGCAUUGGGAAGAAGAUCUGAGGAGUGGAUCCUGCUCUGUGCAGACAGGCUCCUCAUGCGAUUUAGAACCCUGUGCGGUUGGGGUACAGAGUCACACAGGGAACCUGUGCAUGUUGAUGGGGCUCCCAUCGUCAGAUCUUUCUCCCAAUGCAUGGAUGGGGGAGUGGUGCUGAUGGAGACCCAAAGGAGAGGUGAGGAGGUAAUCAUAAAAGGGAGAGCCCCUGUGAAGAAUGAAUGAAUGUGCAUUUUUGAGGCAAAAUUCAGGACUCUGAGAAUAUUGGCUUGUGUGUGUGUUUUACCAAAAAACCCCGAACAUGUUUCUGGACUUAAUGAUCACAAGAGAAGCUCUAAAAUGCAGACUGAAAUAUCUGUUGAAUUCUCAGAACUCCAAACAAGAAUUUCUGUGGUCUUUACUGCUCUGCCUAUCUCUCUCUUUUGCAUCUCCUCCUCUGAAUAGCAGAAAUAGAAUACUGUGGUACCUCUGUUUGCGAACGGGAUCCGUUCCAGAGGCCCAUUCGCAACGUGAAAAGAAUGCAACCCGCAGAGGCGCAUCUGCGCACACACAGGUUGCAAUUCGCCGCUUCUGCGCAUGUGCGUGAUGCCAUUUUGCUCAUCUGCGCCUGCACAAGCGGCGAAACCCAGAAGUAACCCUUUCUGGUACUUCUGGGUCGCCACGAGACAUAACCUGAAAGAACAUAACAUGAAGUGGACGUAACAUGAGGCAUGACUGUUUUUUUGUUUUUUUUCUAAAGCAAAUCCACGCACCAAGACUUGGAUCGUGGAGUCGCAUAGCUUGGAUUCCCCUUGUUCAAGAAGCUGGUUUUAAAAAGGGCCCAUUCACUUUCAAGGAGGGAUUGAGGAUGGGGGUCCCAGGAUGCCUUGAUUCCUCUGAUGGAACUUGCAUGCCUUUUGGUGUGAGAUUUGGCUUAGUUGCAGAGAAGUCAUUGUAAGCAGUAUGUUUUGAAUGCUUAGUAGCAGUCCUUUUAUUUUCAGCUUUUGACCAAUUUAGAAGUGCAUACAUGGCAGCAGCUACAAAAAGAAAGUUGUUGGGGGAGAGAGGAAAUGUCCCACAUUUGUUUUUGUCCCUUCGAUAUUACUCAUUAACCAUUAAAAUAUGUGUACAACAUGUGCAUUGACAAAUAUUUCAUUCAUUUCCUGAAUAUUUCGACAUUCACAAUUUCAGAUUUCUUUUUAAAAUAAUAAUAAUUAUUUAUUAAAUUUAUACACUGCCCUUCACCCGCAGAUAUCAGGGCAGUUCACAACAUAAAACAUAACAUUUCUUCACUCAUUCUGGAAUCACUUAGGUGUCAGAAGACAUACCAGUUUGUAUUUUUAAAAAAGAAUAAUUCAUCUUGAAAAGCGCGUGUUCUGUAAAAGUGCACAGAAUGUAGUAGAUCAGUACAGAAUACGGAUUGCUCCAAACGUCAGCUUUCAUAUUUGAAAGAGAAAGCAUCUAGUCUUCAGCAUUUGUGAAACGUAUGCUUGAAAGUGUGGGGGCAAUGCCUGCCGAAAAAUUCAAAAUUUAAGGUUGGUAUAAACUGUCUAAUGGUCAGAGAUGGGAUUUCAGUGCUCCAAAUGGCAAUGUAUAUCUCCCAAACCUGCAUCAUGACAAUUGGUUUGGUUGCAUGAUGUCCAACAUUAACAGAAAUAUAUAGCUGUGGAGUGGGAUUAUUCUGAUAGCUCAGCCCUAUCUAUUUUUCCUCUUACUGGAAUUUUGGAAAGCUUUGCUUCUGAUCCAUUUCUCCCCAAAGUUUGCUAGAAGUGCAAUUGCAGGCCUGUCUGUGCUAUUAAAAUGAAAUCUCCCCUUUAGUACAAUCAUGUGAUCGACAUACUGCUCUCUAUAAGAACUGGAAGAGUGUAAGCU